CAAGAACACUUAUAGAAGAAGACGAAAAUAAUGAUAUAUUUUUAUUAAAAGAUAUCAAUACCGAUACUGAAGUAGAUGUUAAUACAUCAACAAUUUCAAUAUUUGAUUCAGAGUCGACUACAUCGGGAUCAACUGAUGAAAAUGAAUAUUUUGUUAUGAACACAAUAAAUGCUAGUGAAUCUUUAUCAAAAUGUUUAAUUUUGGACAUUAAUAAUG